AUGGAUGUGGAUGAGGAUGAGGAUAUCUAUGGUUAUAGUGGAGAUGAGGAUGAUAAUAGUGCAGUAGCUGGGGCUUCUGCAGUGCAAGCGGCUGAGCCAUGGCAAGCUAUUAUACCUUCAAGGCCAAUGGAUGUGGAUGAGGAUGAGGAUAUCUAUGGUUAUAGUGGAGAUGAGGAUGAUAAUAGUGCAGUAGCUGGGGCUUCUGCAGUGCAAGCUGCUGAGCAACCGGAGGCUAUUCUGGCUACAGAAGAUUCCCUUAUGGAGCUACCUUUAGAGGAUAGCCCAGGUUAUAUGCCUUAUUCUGAGGAGGCUGAAAGUCCUGAUGAUAAUGCUAGCGAUAGUUCGCAUAGUACAGUAGUGCCUUCGGCUGGCCAAGUGGGUGAGUCAGAGGAGGUUACUCUAGUAUCUGCAGAUGAUAUUUGUAUAGAAGAGGCUCCUUCACCACAUUUUUUUAUACCGGAGCCAACUCCAGAGUAUAUACCUAGCUACAGCUAUAGCCCUGUUAAUACGCAAGAACCAAAUGUUCUUAACCGAGAGGCUAUGGAGUUAGAUGCAGAUUUGGUUUACGAAGUUAUGAUGAAUGCUAGUGCGCAAGCAGCAAUAGAAACUCUAGAUCCUAUCCUACUUUAUCCUAGCCGACCUAGUAAUCCGGAGCCAGUGCAAGCUGAAGAUAGUCCACUCUCCAGUAUAGGAGACAGUGAACUGGACGAACUAGAGCAAAUAUUUAAUAGAGGGGCAAGCUCUGCUUUAAGGGAGGUAGACGCUUCUGAGGAGCAAGACGCUCCGGUGGAAGCAAGGAGUGGGGAGAGUGCAGAUGAUCGUAACAGAGUAGAGGUUGCUACGACUGCACCCUCAGAUACGCAAGCUAGCCAGGAGGAGACGACUGAUGAUAUCUUAGAACCAAAUGUUCUUAACCAAGAGGCUAUGGAAUUAGAUGCAGAUUUGGUUAACGAAGUUAUGAUGAAUGCUAGUGGGCAAGCAGCAAUAGGAACUAUAGACCCCAUCCUACUUUAUCCUAGCCAAUCUAGAACGAAGUAG